AUGUUGAAGCCACGCUAUUUCUCAACAUUGCACUGUCUGCAGCAUGAGAAUCCUCUCGGACUUCCACGCUCCGGCGCACCUCCGCAAAUGCCUCGAAUGCAGCGAGGGUUACCGCAAAAGAGAAACAUCAAAGAUGUGAAGAAAGUGAUUGCCGUCUCAUCCGCAAAGGGUGGUGUCGGAAAGAGCACAGUUGCUGUAAACCUCGCAUUGAGCUUCGCACGGCGCGGUUACAGAGCCGGUAUUCUUGACACUGAUAUCUUUGGUCCAUCGAUACCGACCUUGUUGAAUUUAUCCGGUGAACCUCGACUCUCAGCCAACAACCAAUUGUUACCACUCUCAAACUAUGGUCUCAAAUCCAUGUCCAUGGGUUAUCUCAUCCCAGAGUCUUCACCAGUAGCAUGGCGUGGCCUGAUGGUGAUGAAAGCUCUGCAACAACUACUCCACGAAGUCGAAUGGGGCGGCUUGGACGUCCUAGUUCUAGACAUGCCACCAGGAACUGGUGAUGUACAACUCACCAUCACACAGCAACUGAUACUCGAUGGUGCCAUCAUUGUAUCAACGCCCCAGGACCUAUCACUCAAAGAUGCUGUCAAAGGCGUUGAGCUGUUCCGGAAAGUCGACGUCAAAUUGCUGGGUCUGGUAUGCAACAUGGCUGGGUUCAAAUGCCCUGGUUGCAAUCAAGUGCAUGAAGUGUUCGGAAGCAUGGACAAAAUCAGGACCAUGUGCGGCAAGUACGAUCUGAGAAUGCUAGGAGAGAUACCACUGCAUGGGAGCAUAAGUGACAAUGCAGACGGUGGGAAGCCGACUGUUGUGGCAGAGCCAGACAGUGAUCGCGCUUUGACCUUUGCAAAGAUCAGCCAAGAAGUUGGUGAUCUGAUUGGGCUGGUGAAGUAA